AAACAUGAUUACUCCUCUGAUGUAUUCAAAUGCUUCUUUUGGACUUUCUCGAAGGAUGCACAAAUUUCUCUUAACCCUAAACCACGAGUUGGUGAACAACCUCAACAUAUUGAAAUCAAUUUUCCGAUGAUCGAAAUGGAGAUAACUCUACCGCCUGUGGUACAAUUACAGUUGUCAGCACUUCGUGGAAUUUGGUUAAAUUUUGAUCAUUUGAGUGAUUACUGCACAAGUUUUAAUUUAAAAAAACGCAGACCAGCAACUUUUAAUAUACUCUUACAAACGAAACGUGAAUGGCAUAAGCGCAAGGAAAUACUACAGGAUAUGUUAGACGAAUGUACAAAGGAAACCACACUCACUCUAGACGCUAUGGAAGGCAUAGAUUCGAAAUCUUCACCACGCAAACAACGCAGCUUUGAUAUUGACAAAGUUUAUGCUGAAUAUGAAGAUAACCUAAAUAAAUGCAGAAAGCAAAGUAUUGGACCUGCCGCAUACAAUUUAUUAGAAACUGAUGUCAAUUUAAGAAAAUAUCGUAUAAUUGGUGGCGUUUACUGCAUUGAUUACUUAGAUAUACCCGGGCAAGAUAAAAGACUAAACGCACGCUCCUUUAUUCGUACAAUUAUUUCACCUGAUACUUUAACUCAUAAAGACUUUUUUCAAACGUAUAAGCCACCACCACCAGUGCAACCUGGUGUACGUCGCUUACCGGAAGAAAUUGAAGCAGAGAUGCGCAUGAUUGAAGCUGCUUUGGAUAAACUGGCAUUGGUCACAUUACAAUUACCCGAUUCUGUCAUCUGGUUUGAACCACCCAUUGCAUGCCGUUGGGAAACUUAUAUUGAUACGCUCGAAUCAGAUCUUACCGAAGGCAUAAAGCCACCCACAACCGCAACUCCAACAGACCAUGCAACACCAAUGUCAACAUUUACCAAUCCUAGUCCCAUUAAAUGCUCACCUCGCUUUCCAUCAAAGCAACGUAAACGUAGCACACAAAAAUCGCCCACAAGAGCAACGGUGCAUGAAGUGACUGAUUUUGAUAUGUUGAAUAUACCAAGUGACAUCGAUAUUCAUAGCCUUUUCAAGGAUUUCGUAGUGCCACGCUUGCCAUACGGUUUCAAUGUACACUUAAAUACAGGCAUCGAUUGUGUUACGCUUAAAAAGGAUAAUAGCAGACAACCCAAAGUUUUGUUUUUUGCUCGUCAUCAUUCUGUUGCUUCUUGUGGUAAGGACAUAAUAAAAUCCGCCGAACACAAGUCGGCAUAUGACAGCAUACAUGGCAUACGCAUUAAUGAAGAGUUUUUGGAUUUGAAUGAGCCGAGGGAAUUGUUUCCGCGUUUCCAAUUUGAUAAAAUGUUGAAGUUUAAGGAUUUACCAAUAAAUCAAAAAGAUAUUUUAAGCUUAGAAAGACAAAUGAGUGAAGAACAGAAAAUACAGGAAACAGUAGUUGCUGGGAAUGGAAAUGGUCAUAUUAAAGUCAAUAAAACUAAUGGCCAUCAAAAUGGCAAAGUUAAUGGCAAUGGCAAUGAUCAGAAGAAUGGUAAUGGCAAUGGUAGGUGUGUGGAAAAUGAAAAACAGACUGAAAGUGUGGCAAGCAGCUAUAGUAAGAGUAUCAGUAAGGCUAGUAGUGAAUCUGAAUAUAGAAGAUCAUCGAAAGGAAGUGAUAGUGAAAAGAAAGACAAUCCAAAGGAAGUUAAGAAAACUUACAUGUUUUCAGAGUUAAUUGAGGACCUAGAACGCUUGUGUGAGUUGCAAAAACCGAAACAGGAGGAGGUACUUAAUCAAAUUUCAGAAAAGUUAACACCAACAACAUCAACGGAAGGUUCACAGAAGGAAGGCGCUACAGCGGUGGCAGCAGCGGCUACAGAGGAAGAAGAGCUUGCAAAAUCGUUCGAAGCAAAUCUAAUGCAACCCGCAUUCUCCUAUUUCACCGGCAUCUCUUUUAUACGCGAUAUGUUUGCAAAGAAUGGCAAUGAAAGUAAAGAGACCACAAAGGAAGCAGAGGAUGAUGAAAGUUCAGAAUACGAUGAUGAAGAUGAUUAUGAUGAAUAUGUAGAGAAUCCGAAUGAAAAUGGUAAAAUUGUCGACAAUUUGAAUACGCUCGGUGAUGGUAGUGGUAGUGGUGGCGGUGGCGGUGUUGCUGAAAAUAGUGGGUCUGCGGGUGAUGUACACGGUCUAUUCAGUCACCAUAGUCAAAGUGAAAGUGACAACAAUGAUGGCAAAAAAUCGAAAAUAUCAAAUAUCAUCGCAUUGACAAAAGGCAAAUGGAGUACGCGUGACGUACAUGAUACCAAAUUCAAUGAAGAUAAGCUCUCGAUACAGUUUCGUACUGGACGUUUAGGCAUUUUCGGUUUUGCAUUGAAUCGAUACAGCAACAUGCCAUACCAGGCAUGGGAAAUCAAACCAGAUUUUAAAAACCCCGGUUCGGUGCUCUUCAGCUUUACCGCAUCAAUUGUUAGCCUUGAUAUGUCCAUUACAUCCGCAGGAUAUUGCAUGAACAAUUUUCAGGGUGGCACAACUGACGCUAUAAAUGAUAUGAUUGGCAAGACACUUUCGUUAGCCGAUUUAAAAGCCACACUAAUCUCAUCAGCUGUGGACAUAUUUCCAGAUGAGGAUGCAUUCUGUUAUACAGAAGGUUCGUGCGAAAAAAACUACGUCAUGGAAAUGCAUUUAUAUGUCUGCAUGUCCACAUUGGCAUUAUCGCAUAAUUUCAGUUGGUCCAGAUGGAAUUUGUUAGCCGGAAGUCGAACGGCCGUUUUAUUAUUACGUGAAUUGAUCGAGAAUAGAAAAGUGACACCUGACGCUAUAACCAUAAAUAACCACAUAACAAGUGGUAAUCAAAAUAACAACGGCACACAAAUAGCAAUGGCGUCGUAUGACUCUGUAAUAGAAAGUGUAGAAAAACUCCUACCCGUUUUUACAGGAAAGCAAGAACAAGCCAGUUAUUGA